AUGGCAGACAAAAUUUCUGACACCGAGGCCCCCUCGGGGAUAACAGCCUCGCGUCUUUUGGACCAACUCGAGUCGCCCCUGUUUGGCAAGCUACCUGCCGAGUUGCGAGCUGUCAUCUAUACCGAGAUCUUUGGCGGUCAACGCAUCCAUCUAAAUUUCACAACUCACCCCAUUCGCGCUGACAGGGUAGGUCUCAGGAAGCGCUGGCGCCACGCCAUCUGUGAGCAGCCAGUUGCUGGCCCCUUCAGCGAGGUUACAUCACGCCAGCAUCACUGCUUUCUUGCCAGUCGCCGACGAGUGCUGGAUAUCAACCUUCUCUUCACUUGCCAGCGAGUAUUUGAAGAAGGGAUUCCCAUACUGUAUCAGUCCAAUACCUUUCACAUCGUCAACAUUGGCACCGAGAGGCUUCCGUCAGAUGAUCUGCGGAGCCUUCAAGUAAAAAUACCCAAGAAUUGGGGGCUCAUCAGAUCCUUGGAGUUCAAAUGGGAAGUCAACAUUUUUGAUCGGAACCACCCCAGGUUUGUUCCGCAUCACUGGGGGCGUGAUGGCUACGAAGCAUUCUGGGACGGUCUCGCCGAUAUGCCGUUACUGUCUCAGCUGCGUAUUUCCAUCAUCAUGCCGCAAAUCCUCAUGCUCGCGUCGCCUGAGGAGCUUCGAAAGCUUUAUUUUGAGCCUAUAACGCGCCUCAAGCAUUUACGGAUAUGUGAAGUGAUCCUACCGAGAUCGUACAGCUCGCAUUUUGGCAUGAGCCCGGAGGAUCAGCGCCUUCCUAUUGAUGGAGAUGGCGAUUACCGCAUCAGCUGGGCCACUGUUGAUGAUGGACGUCCACUGGCUGCUGCAGCUGCCAACCCUGCGUCCAUUCAACUCCUGCGAACAGCUACUUCCCACACACUGUCAGCGCCUCCAGGCUGGUCAUAA